GCCGGGCGCGCGACGCCGUUGCUCGGUCCAGUUUCCUCGCCCCGCUUUUCCGGCGUGGGGUGGACUCGGCUCCGGAGGAGCAUCAUGUGAGUGGUUUUACCUGAUCCGUAUCUGAAGCAUGGAGAUCAAAUUAGAAGUUCUAACAUCAACAAGUAUCAAGCAGAAGAAACCUUGGCCACGAGUCUCCUGGUUGGGGCAGGAAAAUGAAGCUGUUUUUCUGUUGGAUAAUAAAUUCAUAAAUGAAAUUAAUCUGCUCUCAGGAAGGACGAAGAAGAAAAUUCCUAGUGUGCAGCCUGUGUUGAAGGAUGUUACUGUCCUGACAACCUCUAGUAAUGCUGCCUGGCUGGCUGGGGUACUCGCUACAGGGGACCUUUUUAUUUGGAACAAAGAUCAAGAUUGUUUGAAAACCAUACAAGUCGCUGAAGAACCUAAAGAAAUAAUUAAAGCUACUGUAGCAUGCUCCUUCAGAUUAUACUUGUAUGUGUCUGGAAAUGGGAAGAGAAUUCUGCUUGUAACUCUCUCUGGAUGCAUUUUUCUCUGGGAGCAUUCUGAAUCCUCGACAAUCUUCUCUUCUAAAAGCCUGUCAUUAGUGGGCCGAUGGUCCCAGAUCAGACCUGGAGAAGCAGUUCUUUUGCCUUCCCCUGAAGAUAAAGAAGCUGUAGUGAAUGCUGUUUUUGUAAAAAAUGAGCUGUUUGGUGACUGCUGCCUCUGUGCGUUUAGCUUUUACUCUGGGGAAUGCCUGAGGCUAACAUUUCUGGCAAUUCGAUGGCAGGAGAAUGUGUUUACGCCUUUAAGAUUACCAUUGCACGUCUGCUGGGCGCAGCACAAUUGUGCUCUGUGCGAUCUGAGUCCUAAGUGCGCGUCCGUGAAGUCAAGAGGAGCUCUCAUUUCUGCCUUUUCGAGAGAUGGCCUUACCCUGGCAGUAACUCUGAAUCAGAAAGACCCGAAGGCAACUCAGGUAUUAUUUAUAAACACAGUGAAUUUUGCUACUGUUUCUGGUAGCCUUAAAGGCUGUAGUAAUAAGAACCCCGUGGUUCCAGCUACGCUUGUCAGGUCCUAUUGGAUAGGUGACAUCAGCUGGACUCAUGAUAGUCUUUUUCUGGCUUGUAUAUUAAAACGUGGCUCCUUGCUUAUAUUGACGUGCCAAGGUGAAUUGCUAACGUUAAUGACCUCUGGUUGCUCUAUAGAAUUUGGGCCGGCAGAAUUUAUUCCUCUUCAUCCUCUAAUAACAUACAGACCACAGCAUUUCAUGGGUCAAGAUUCAAAGAAUUCCGUAGAUUCAUCAGCUUCUGAGAAUGACCCUAUGAGACAGAGAUUUUCUGUAAAAACACACUCUCAGCUACCCUACCUCAUUGCUUCUGACGGUUACAUGGUCACAACCCUGCGGUUUGUUGAUAGACUGUCUCCAUCCUUGCUCAUGAGAUCACUGCUGCUGGACUCGACCCUGAGGCUUGAGAAGGCCUAUCAACGUAUGUCAUCCCUGAAGCCAAAAAGCAAAGGGUUGAACUUACGAUCACUGGAUUCCCUGAGGUCUAGCCUAUUAAAACACCACGGAAUUGAGAGUUCAGUGGAUCACACUGUCCCCAGGUUUUUGCAAGCAAGAGAGACAAUGAACUUGAAUGGAAACACAGAGGAAGUUCAGGACUUCGAAGCAGAGGAAAUGAAUGAAGGCAAAUACUUUCCAAACCAGUUAUUUUCUUUUUGGAACCAAAAACCUGACGAGCAGUUCAGUAGUAUCAAGGAGGGAAGAUUGGAAUUUGCGUCUAUGUUUGAUACGAUACAUGCAAAGGAUGACAGCAAGGAGGCAGACAGACCUGUUAGAGAGCUGCAUGCCAUCCAGAGAAAUCUGCUGUCAGCAUGGGCCAUAGGCAUUUCAAAAAAUGUGACAGAAAAAAAUACAAUGUUAAAUUACACAGUGGUUUGUAUCACUCAUUUUUUCUACGUUCUUCAAUUUAUAAAGUGUCCUUUUCCUAAACUUGAUCUUCCUUUAAGUGAGACCAGAAAACAUAAUGCGUGGCUGCUUUGUAUCUUUGAGUUUUUUCUUCAGUGUUUGUCCAUCCAGUAUUGGGAUGUGAGGUACAGGCAAGAUGUGGGAUAUUUGAUCAAGCUGACCUCAAAUACCAUCAGACUUUGUCUGGAUCAGCAACAGAAGGGUCGGUUCUCAGAGAAACUUUUAGCCUGUUUUUAUUUACUGAGAAUGGUAACUGACAAUUUAGAUGAUGUGUACAGCCUUCACCAUGAAGUUAUUUCAUCAGCUGACGGAAAUAGGACAGCAGAUCAAGACUCGUUGGUGGUGCCUGUUUUUCAAAUGUUGCAAGACCGUAAUUCUCAUGGAAACUGGACAUGGAAGUCAUCUUUCAAGAUUCAUCCACAAGUAACACGUGUUCAACAGCCAGGACAUAGAUUGGUUGUUCUCUGGAGAUUAUUGUACCAGAAAACUUUAUGGUAUCAAGCACAGUUAGGUCAAAGAGUUCCAGAAGGUGAUAGACAGUUAAUUGAAAAGAUGGCGUUUGAAGCAUCUACUGUCAAGUCCUUGUUGUGUUGCAUACAGGCUAACUUACAGACUGCUGGAGACCGUUUGAACCACACCUUAGAACUUACACCUAUCAAGGGUGAAGAGUGUUUCCUGUUAGGUGAAUAUGAAAAGUGUGUUGAUUGGUGGAAUCAGGCACUACGAGAAGCCCAGGAGAAAGGAGGAAGGAGGACGUGUUUUCUUCAGACGCGCUAUUAUCUUUCUGUAUUAUACUGCUACCUCUAUAGUUAUAAUUUAAAUGAUGCUCAAGGAUUAUGUGAUCUACUAGUGAGGGAGAUACUGAGAUGGUCCCAACUGCCUGUAAAUGAACACGACGAUUGUCCAGUUUCUGAGACGUGUCUUAGUGAGUUUGGAGUGACUGGACGUGUCCAUCCAGAGGCAGCAGUCAGAGCUGUCCAGGCCAUGGCUCGUUUCAUGGCUGCCUAUUUCACCAAUCAGCUGCUCUGCAUUUUGCCACCUCACAAUGUGAGUGUUCUUCCUCCAGUCCAUAUGAAAACAGAGCAGUCCCUGCGACUUAUACCUCUGCAACACUCUAAGGUGGCCGCUGCUGUUAGAACUCAGAAUCUCUCCAGUGUGUGGACUGUUGAAUACGCCCUGGAAUUACUGUUUAUUGGUGGCCUGAUUCCUGAGGCUGUGUGGUUGGCACAUAAACUUGGAGAUUGGAAGACAUCUGUUUCGAUCGGUGUGGCUUUCCAGUUCUGUAAACAUGAUAGCAAUUUCACAAGGUCUAGAAAAAAGGAUCUGAAUCUCCCAUUAAGUAUGACUCCAGCACAGGUUUUCCAGGAAAAACUGAAGGGUUUUUUGGGUCAGCCAGCCUCUGUGGAAGCAAAAAAUGAAAUUCGUUCAAAAUGUAAACAAUUUACAGAUCCCAUUGAGGAGGAAGAUGCAAACCUGCUGUUUGGUUCAGUGCAGGAAGUGCUGAAAGCGUCGGUCAUGGCGGAUGCGGAUGUUCUCUCGGAGCCAUUGCAGCUUCUGAUAGACUCCGCCAAGGACUUCAGUAGGAGGCUCUGGGGCUUGGUGCCAGUGGGCAUGUACCUCCCUGCUCCACCGUUGUAUUGUCCCCAGCCAGCUGUGCUUAGUGAAGAAGAUGGUGAUGAUCUUCCUCUAAAAGCUGAAAAAGACAAUCGCCAGAAGGUGUCUGGAAUCCUCCAGCGUGUUCUCCUGCUUUUCCGAGCUGCUCGGUGUUCCGUUCCUGUGGCACAGUGGUAUAUCUUGCAGCUGAGAUGGGCAAGAAAAGUCAUGCAGAAGAUUCGAAUGAAAGGAUCCCUUCCUGCAUUGGGUCCUUUCCCUGAAUCCUUACUCAGUUACUGUAAAGGGGGCAUAGCAUUCUUUAGACCAGGAGCGACUGGGGACCGCAAACUUGAUGAAGUUUCCAUCACAGCAAUAGGUUGCUUCAGGGAGCUCUGUGCGUUGUGUUGGAUGCUGCACGUCCGUGAUAAGUUAUCCUAUAGUUGCAGACAGUAUCAAAAAGCAAGAGAAAGCAUCAAGACAGAAAAGGACCUGGAAGUCGAGUUUGAUUCUUGUAUGGUUGAGCACUGCCUCAGUGCAGUAGAUUGGGCUUACAGAAUGCUGCCUUUUUCUCGGUUUUUUAACAUUGAGGAACUUAUUCAGGAUAUAAUUUUGAGCCUUCUUGGAGAAUUGCCACCAAUCAGAAAGGUAGCAGAAGUAUUUGUGAAAGCCUUCCCCAAUCCUGAGGACAUAAGGGUUCCUUUAAGAGAGAAAUACCAUUCUCUUCAGCAGCGACUCCGGCACUGUGUUGUGAAAGGUCCCCAGACUGAGGAGAUGAUGUCUGUCAUCAUGCAUUCUGUCCGCAAAGUGAGUGUGAAAGCCCUCAAACGCGUGCAGAGAAACAUCGGGUCGUUCGAGAUGAAUAUAUGGGAACCUGCUGAAGAGAAGCCGGAAGAGACUGGAGGUCUUGACAGGUUCUCCCUGGGGACCAGCCUCAGUAGGAGCACCCUAACGGAUCUGGGGAGUUCCCUGACUCACAGUGAGGCCGACACUGCAGAGACGCGCUCGGAAGCGUUUUCUGUGGAAGGGAGAAGUAGCAUGUGUCUCUCUCAGAGAAGUGCCACCAAUCCUAUGGACUGGACAUGGAUUGGCAAGCCUGGUGAUAAGAAGGAAAGCAAUCAGAACCUACAAGGAAACACUCACAGGAAAGAUGAAAAGUUACCACAAAAUGGUCUUCCUGUGAUAGGUGUUUGGGAAUUUGAACGUGAUGAUGAUGAAUAUAUUAAAUUCCUUGAUCUCUUCUUGAGUUAUGUUCUGGAAAGAGACCUACAGAAUUCCAGGAAUCCCGGCAUUCCAUUGCUCACCAGCUUUUCUGGACAGCUUAGAGAACAUGAGCUGAAUUCUUUACUUUUUGAUGUACAUACAACAUUGAAGCGACGCCAGGGCAAGACCAAGAGCCAGAGUGUGUUCAGAGCUGGCUCUUGCUUUGUUGUCUCUCCCGAGUGUCAGGAUUCGGAGAAAUUUUCCUCCUUAUGCGAGGAAAGCGCCCUCCAUUUAGGACAGCAGGCGCUUUCAUCCUCAGUUCUGGUUCAUCCGGGGAUCAGGCCUCUUUUAGAGAACCGUAUAAAUGAAGUCAGUGGAAACGAAGGUAGGAAUGGAUUGUUUGGUUUAAAACAAAAUUCAGUUUACAGAGUACAAGCUGAUCGUCGAGAGAAGCUGCAGACCCUGAGAUCAUCAGACCUGUCUGGAGCUCCCAAGGGCACCAAAACAAAGAGAUCUAUUUUCAGAGCAAUUCAGGAGGGUGACAUGAGCCCUCAGGAGGACCUUCCUCUAGCACUCGGCGACACACUGGGCCGGGUGGGAAGACUGCUGGAGUGGAUGAUAAGGUGGUCUGACAGGAGACUGCUCUGUGACCCUGGCACACUGCAGUCAUCUUGUGGGUAUAGACCAGUGAUUCGUGUAAGGACCUCUGCAGCCGCCAUCCUGACAUCACUGUGGCUUCUGGAACAGCCCUAUUUUGCUAUGUACAAGGCAAGAAAUGCCAGUAUUAAGGUGCUAGGAAAUCAUUCCGCUGGGUCUCAGACUGGACUCAGUCCUGGGAGGGAGCUCAGAACAGAUGCUGGCUGUUCAGCUGCAGCAGCUCCGCAUGGAACUGAGGCAAGAAUUAAUCAGAAGCAAUCUUGUUCCAGUAUCUACAAAAAUCCAAUGGAAGCAGAAGCCCCUGAAAUAGAAGAAACCAGUGACGAGAUUAUCUCCAUCUCUUGUAACACGGAAAAGGAGCAUGUAUGUGUCACUGCGGAUGUGUUAGAAGUGGAAACAUUUACACAGGAGGAAGUGGGUGUGCACUUAUCAGACUGUGAAGAAUAUGCUAGAGAUACUGGAGGAAAUCUCCAAAGUCCCAGUGUUGCCAUUUGCAAACUGACUUCGCCUCAGAAGUUGGAAAAAGAACGUUUCACAAAAUUGCUCCAGUUCCCCAGGGAUGAACCAUCAGAGACCAGUAAGGAGGAAGACCAGACUGGCCUGGAAAGUAUGAUUGACGCCCUCGAAAACCCUGAACAUGCCAUUUCUCCCUCUUUUAGGGCAAAUACAAACUCAGAAAUGUCUAGUGCACAGAUUUCUGCACGUAAAGCGGAGUCUCCAGCCCCACCCCCAGUACCAAGUGGAAUCAGUGUUGCUUCACAAACACCUGCAGCUCCUCAGCAGACACAGGACCACGAGCAUGUGGCUCUGUUACCAAACCCUUCCGGUUCUGUUAGCCAGCUGCUCCAAGAUGAAAUGUUGAAAUUGGUUCAGCUGCAACAGAUCAACUUCUUGAGCUUAAUGCAAAUAGUAGGAUCUUCCUUCUCUAACCUGCCAGAUAUACAUCAGCUUCUACAGCCGUCUCAGCCUGUGUGUUUACAGGGAAGCCAAGCAUCGAACCCCACAAACAGGAAUGAUUGUGUUGAAGAGAACAGCAGAAAUCCUAAGGAAAGUUCUCGUAUGAAGCCACAUUCGAUGGGAGGGUACAGCAAAGAACCUGGCAAGGAUAGCCCUCACUGCCAAGAAGGAAUUACCCAAUCUGAUCAAAACAACGAUGGGAAUUUACCGAAUGUUCCACGUGGGAGUAUUCCUUCAGUUCAUUUAGGCAGCCAAACCCAGAAGAGAGAACCAACUCCAGCAUCUGAAAGCUUGCCACCCUCAGGGUCUGCCGUAGCUCCUGUUGGAAGUACUCACCUCUACCUUCUGUCCACACCUUCUGUUUUUCCGAAAACACCUAGACUCCUCCCACCUGCAGAAACGUUUAGUCCUAGUGAUGGUUUUCCUUUGCUUCAGUUUCUGCCUAAGCAGGAGUUCAGACCCCUUUGCUUACCUGCAGUUCCCAUCAGGCCUCUGGCCCAACCAAGAGAGGCUUGGAGAGUCUCGGAUUCUUUGCAGCCUCCUCUGACCCAGACUGUAAUGUGCCCUCUGUCAGUAUCUCCUUGGGAUGGAAGCCAGCAUAAUGUGGAAGCCGCCUCAACAGCUGCUGGGAAAUGGGCACACACUGUGGCUAGAGAGAUCCCUAAGCAGGUGAACUUGGAUUGGGAUGCUGGACCUGCAAAUGUGACACCUCAGCAGGAUUCUUCAGUAACGUUAAGUCCCCCCAAAAUACCUAAUAUUCAACUGGGGCCCCUGGAGAUUCCUCCUCAGAAUUCCCUUGGACUCCCCUUGUUACACCUACAACUUCCUCCUCCUAUAGUCUCAGCGACCUCCAGGGCAUCAAUUGCAGUUCCUGCAGUACCCAUCAGAGCUGUUGCAGAGGAGAGCAGAUUUUCAGGACUAUCAUUGCUUCAUUCAUGCCUAUCUCCAGAAAAUACGUUUAAGAAGCCACAACUCAUCCCACUGGAAAACCUCCUUGCGCUGAAACAACGCCAGCAGAAGCUGACACAGAAUUUAUUUGAACAAGGUGAUUCUGCGCAGCUGCAGCUUCUGAAGGCCAAAAUCGAAUCGUCUGAAGUAAGGCAAGAAAAGGACAGUAAAAAAAGGCAAAGGCGUCGAGCCCUGAAAGAGCUGCAGGCAAAAAGCUCCGAGAAACUGAAAAGAAACCCAGCUGUCACUUCACAACCAGAGGAUUCACUCACUAAGAGCGCUCAUCUCCAAGCGGCUGUGAAACCCCAGGAACAGCAGGAGCAUCACGCUUCCCAGCCUGUGGAUGGGUUUGAUAUUCCUUUUGAAAUGCUACAAGAUGAUAUUAAUUCUUCAGCUGGACUGCAUUUCAUGGCUUCUGUAAGAAAGAAAGCUACAGGAAGCCAGGAUGCAAGUACAAAUACAGACCCAGCACCUAAUGUGUUAGAGAACAAGGAAGCAGCUUCUCCCGUACUUGCUCCUGAAGGUGGAGAAAAUCGACACGUCACUCCUUCUCCUCCAGAGCAUGAACCUUUGCAAAUUCCUCAGCAGUUGGUUCCAGAUGUAUGUCUAAACCCCGAAUUUUCCCUGGAAGUACAAGAGAGGGCUUCGUCACCUUCAGCCUUUAAUAUGACAACAAAUUCGGCGGGCCACGCUUACCUGGAUGUGAUGGACAUUCAGGCUGAUGAGCUGCUGCAGGAGCUGGCCGUCACCGAAGGGCCUUCCAGUGACAGCAUGCCCGUGCAAGCCCCGUCAGGUGCCGAGCUGCACCACCUGGCCGCGUCAGUUACUAAUGCUGUUCCUCCACACAAGUUCAACAGCCAAGACUGUGCCAGUUCUGCUCUGGGUUUACUCAUACCUGCAAAAGAGACUCCAGGACUUCUGGAAGGAAAAAGCUGGAGAGAGGCUGUUACAGAAGUGAAGGAGCCCAGCUUCUGCUCAGCUGUACCACCAGCCAGGCUGCACGAGAGAGGGAGAGCCAGAGGAGGACAGGCAGAGACUAGAAAAGAUCUUCUGUCCGCGAGUUCGUUUUCCAGCAGCCCGCAGCAGCCCAGGAUGGGCCCGGAUGAAGAUGCAGCCAAACCGGAGCUCAGAGCGCGGAGCACGGGAGCCGCCUGUGCGGAAGGGGAGCUGCUGCGGAGCCGGCCGCGGGAGACGCCUGCGCCUCGGCCUACUCCCAGCCCCGCGGCCCGCUGCCUCCAGCGCCUCGCCGCCAAGCUUCGGGAGAUUGACGAGCAGCUGCUGGCGGUGCAGAACAUGGCCCAAAGCAUAGAGCAGGACUUCCCCGGGCCCGAAGUGCUGGGUCUCCACAGUACCCAGGUGAACCACAGUGAAUUGUCUGCUGGCUUUGAAUUUGAAAAACCAUUCCCUUCAAAAACCAUGAGCGUUUCUGAAGAAGUGCAAGUCCUGGCUCCUGGGGAUGAGGAAGAUCAGAGUGACCAGGAGGAGACUUCAGCCCAGCUGUCGGGAGCAGAGCCUCUGUGUCCUCAGCAGCCCCGCGUGCUUCCUGGUGCUGACGCAGCGGCCAGCCCCUCCAGUGGGCAGCACACGCCUUCUCCCGGUGCAAAUAACAGUGAGGAGUUUGCUGACAGCCUUUCCGUAGAUGCUCUCCAGGUGACUGGGCUGACGGACAUCGCAGACAUUAUUGAUGAUCUUAUAACCGGAGGUGGAGUUUCCAGUGAAGAGCUUGGCCUAACAGAACAGCAAGCUAAGAGUAUCUCCAGGAUUCAGCGUUCUGGCAAACGUCCACAAAGAACUGAGAAGGAGAGGAGAGAGAUCCAAGUGUGGAUGAAAAGGAAGCGGAAAGAAAGGAUGGCAGAGUACCUGAGUGAGCUGGCGGAGAAGCGAGGGCAAGAGCAUGCGCCCUUCUGUUCCCGAAGCAACCCAUUUUAUAUGACCUCAAGGGAAAUCAGACUGAGGCAAAAGAUGAAGCGCGAAAAAGACAGGUUGCUGCUGUGUGACCACUACAACCGUCGGAUCUCACAGGCAUACACUCUGAUGAACGAACUGCUGUCUGAGUCAGCUCAGCUCCCGGGAGCCACACACACACCACCGCCCCCCAAACCCAGCCCGGCGCCGUCCCCCAGGUGGCACCAUUGCCCUUCUCCAAGGAGGGAGAAUCAGCACAGUCACAGCUGUCCAGUAAACCGACCUGGAAAAUGCAGAUAUACAAGAAAACCAAGUUGCACCAAUAAGAAGAAACCUUUUGGGCAACUUCAGAGUUCACCUUGGGCACAUGGAUCCGCCACCUGGACCACACAAGAAAGAGCUGGCAGUGCCAAACCUGCAGGAAGGAAGCCUAUGAGGUCCCCAGUCACCCUCCAAAGAGGUUCUAAUGUUGCACAUCAUAGUUGGCAACAUACAAUAAAACGAGGAGGUGCUGGGCUUGUCCCGCGAACGCAGGAGGCACGUGUGGAGUGUGAGAGAGAGGAGGCCGUGGUGAGUCCCUGGACGUUACCUUCCGAAGUCCAGGCGAUCCUUCAGCGGAGGCACGGCUCCCUCUCCCCGGAUUUGUCAGCAACUGAAGGUGAAGAGCUAAAGCUGCCCUUUGGGGCCAGGGGCACGGACAGCGUGUCUGAGAGCACAGGCAGCAUCCUGAGCAAGCUCGACUGGAACGCCAUCGAGGACAUGGUGGCCAGUGUGGAGAAGAGUCCCUCUGUGCGCUGGCCGCUGGACCUGUGAGCGUUGGCCAGCAUUCCUGAAGACAGGCCAGCCCCUCAGGAACGGGACCUGGGGAGCAGCAGCGCAGGAAGCAAAACGACUUGCCAGCCCGCGCCCUGUGACUACAUGGGGGUAGUUCCUUCAGGUGGAUA